AUGGUCCACUGGUCCACCCAGUGGGGGACAUGUGUCUGUCUGCAGACUCUGCUGGCCUUGGCCGGGGCCACCUGUCCCUCUCUGGCCCCCAGUCCCGCCAACUUCUCGGUGGUUUACACCAUGCCCUUCUUCCAGGCCCGAGGUCCCAUCCAGAACAUCGUCAACAACUCACUGUUCCAGGAGGUCUACGUAGCAUCUGUGAACGUCAUCGAAGCUGUGAACAGGAGUUUGGAGAAGGUGUGGCAGCUGCGCACGGGGCCGGUGGGAAGCCCCGACUGUCACAUCUGUCAUCUGUGUGACGUGGAAAAGGAUCCCAACUUUCUGGAGGAAACGAACAAUCAGGUGUUGUUGUUGGACACGUUCUUCAUGUAUUUAUAUUCUUGUGGAAGUUCUCAGUACGGCGUGUGUUAUUUCCACCAGCUCAACUCAGAUGGACAACCCCCUGCUCUGUCCAAGUGUCUGUUCAGAAAAGACUCUAACUCGGCUGCGUACUGUCCAGAUUGUGUGUCCAGUCCUCUGGGGACCAAGGUCACCAUGGUGGAGGAGGGCCAGACCGUCUAUUUCUUCGUCGCUGCUUCUGUUAAUGACAGUGUGACCCAACGUUACGGUCGGAAGUCCUUAUCGGUGCGUCGUCCUCUGGCCACGGAGGACGGUUUCUAUGGAGACGUCCGCGGCCUGACCGUCCUGCCCGGCCUGCGGAGGACGUAUCACAUCGAAUACGUCUACAGCUUCUUCACUCAGGAGUUCGUCUACUUCCUGUCGGUCCAGAGAGAGAGCCCGGACCAGGACUCAUCCCCCUUCCAGACCCGUCUGGGCCGACUCCCCAGGAAUGAGUGGGAGAUGAAGCGCUACAGGGAGGUGAUCCUGGAGUGUCGCUUUGAACCAAAGCGCCGCAGACGGAACGUGGUCAGUGAACCUUAUAAGGACGUGGUCUACAACGUGGUGCAGGCCGCGCAUUUUGGCAAAGCGGGCCGGGAGUUGGCGGAGGAGUUAGGGGCAGAGGAGGAGGAUGACAUCCUCUACGGGGUUUUUGCCGUUACUGAUGACAACGGGGUGACAGAGCACGACUCGGCCCUGUGCGCUUUUCCGAUGGACAACGUCAACAAAGCCAUAGUGGACGGAGUGGACGACUGCUGCGAGUCUGGGCCGGAGCAGCUGUCCAGGGGUCUGUGCCACUUCCAGCCCUGUGAGAGCUGUCCACAUGAGAGCAUGGAGAACAACGCCACAUGCAGAGACCACCCCACCAUGGUGUCCAAGCCCUACUACAGAGUGGACCUGUUCAACAGACAGAUGACAGACGUUCUCCUCACAUCCCUCCUGGUUACAAUCAUCGAGAACAAGACGGUGGCCCACAUCGGUACCUCCACCGGACGCCUCCUGCAGCUGGUGUUGACCAGAUCCAGCCCGAUUGUCUUCGCCAACUACUCUUUGGUGGAGAACCAGAGAAUCUCAUCUAUCGCUGCUGUAUAUUCAUCAGAGUAUCUUCUCUUUGUGGUUGGAGACAAGAUGUUCCAGGUGCCUCAGAGAGGACCAGGAUGUCAGCAUUUCCUGACGUGUGCCAUGUGUCUGACGGCUCCUAAGUUCAUGGGCUGUGGUUGGUGUUCUGGAGUGUGUUCAUGGGAGAGCGAGUGCCGCAGCCGCUGGAGGAACGAGUCCUGUCCUCCUGGGAUCACCGGGUUCUUUCCACGGACCGCUCCCCCUGAUGGUCAAACAGAGGUAACGGUGUGCGGAUGGGAGUUCCAGUCGCCCAUAAGACCUGUGAUUACGUCCAGAACCCACCAGGUCCGACUGGGUCAGACCGCCUGCACGGUGCUUCCACUCAAAAGCAACAACACACAUCUGGUGUGUAAAAUUCGCUCGGGAGUGACUGAACUGUCCAAGCCGGUCAACAUAACAGUGGAGGUGCACGAGGUCAAGGCAGACGGACGCUAUUCUAUUGAUGGGAGGGCACAGACACCAGGGUUCACAUUUGUGAUUCCAAACAUCACAGACAUCCAGCCCAACUACGGACCUCGUGUGGGUGGAACGCUCAUCACAGUGACUGGACCACAUUUAGAUGCUGGACGGACCAGAAGAGUGACCCUCAAUGACCUGCCCUGUCCCAUAACGAGGAUCACAAAGCCUAAAGGCAACGUUUCUUCCAUCAUCUGCCUGUCCCAGCCCAUGUCCGAGGUGAGGGACGUCCCACUGAGUGUUUUCAUAGACAAGUCUCCUGUCCUCACCACUAAAGUAUUCUACUACAAAGAGAACCCCAGGAUCACAGCUGUCCUGCCUGACUGCAGCUUUGACAGGGGGUCAAAGAUUGUGAUUGAAGGAAAAAACCUGGAUUCCGUUUACCGCACCGUCCUCCGCUUCAAACCCAAUGAGAGUCACCUGAAACCUGUGACAAGGGAAUGCAUUGGUAAAUCCUUACCCACGAGGAUGGAGUGCAUUACUCCUGUUUUCCCCAGGGAUGAGACGGAGGAAGGAGAGCUUUCCUUCGACAUGGAUGGAGCAUUAGGACUGUGGAACAAAUCGUUCUCCUACCACCCGUACGGAGAACCCAUACCUUUUGAAACUGAGGGACAUGUGCUUAGUUUGUACCCUGGGUUUGAUGAAGUCUCACUACAUCAUCAGAAGUUGAACCUGGUGAGCUCCUGCAUGACCAUCAUUAUGACCGUGGCUGGUGUCGACUGUGAUGCCAAAGUCCUGGAUAAUGAGAUCACCUGCAGGAUCCCCAAAAACAUGACCAUCCCCAGUGAGGGACUCCCAGUCAAAAUCUCCAUUAAUGGACAGGUCCAUAACGUUGGUACAGUGGUUCGGGUCAGUAACCACUACAUGGUUGGGAUCGUUCUGGGGAUCCUGGCGGCUCUGGUGGCUGGCGCUGUGUUGGCGUUUGUCGUCAUGAAACAUUUGAGGAAGAAGAAGAAAGCCUCCAUGGUGGAGUCCCGUUUGGCCCACGGUGCAAGCCGAUCUGGGACCAACAAUGUGGAACUGACACCUGUUGGAGACUACAGGAGAGUAGUAUCCCUGAGUCCCCCCACCCCCCUGGUGGGACCGGUGGUGUUCCCCAGCCUGGCCUAUGCUGCAGGCAGCAUGGAUCCCACCCUCACCCCGCUUAUGCCUCCAGAGAAGAUCUCCAUCACCAACUUUAGGCCAGAGCUGCUGGAGGAGGUGAAGGAUGUUCUUAUUCCUGCUGAGAUGCUUAUAGUUCAGCACCAUCGGAUCAUUGGGAAGGGACAUUUUGGGACUGUGUAUCAUGGUUAUUUCACAGAUCACAACAGCAGAGAGAUUCAUUGUGCCGUCAAGUCUCUGAACAGGAUAACAGAUGUGGAGGAGGUGGAGCAGUUUCUGAAGGAAGGUAUAAUAAUGAAGGGCUUCCAUCACACCAACGUGCUGUCACUGUUGGGGAUCCUCCUGCCACAGGAAGGGCUCCCUCUAGUGGUGCUGCCGUAUAUGAAACAUGGAGACCUGCGGCAUUUCAUACGCUGCGAGAAGAGGAAUCCCACUGUGAAGGAUCUGAUUGGCUUUGGGCUGCAGGUUGCCAAGGGGAUGGAAUAUUUGGCUCAGAAGAAGUUUGUGCACAGAGACCUCGCAGCUCGAAACUGCAUGUUGGAUGAGUCCUACACAGUCAAGGUGGCAGACUUUGGAAUGGCAAGAGAUGUUUUUGACAAGGAGUAUUACAGUGUUCAGGACCACAGAAAAGCUAAGCUUCCUGUCAAAUGGAUGGCCAUCGAGAGUCUGCAGACGCAGAAGUUCACCUCCAAGUCCGAUGUGUGGUCCUUUGGGGUCCUGAUGUGGGAGAUGCUGACCAGAGGAGCCAGCCCCUACCCAGAAGUGGACCCUUAUGACAUCACCCAUUACCUACUGAAAGGCAGAAGGCUUCCCCAGCCCCAGUACUGUCCUGACCCUUUGUAUACCAUUAUGCUCCAGUGCUGGGACCCGGAUCCAGAGCUCAGACCCAGCUUCGCUACGUUGGUGUCGGCCGUCUCCACCAUCCUGUCUGGUUUGGAGGGUGAACACUACAUUAGUCUGAACGUUACGUAUGUGAACCUGGACCAACCGCGGCCUUACCCCGCCCUCACAGAGUCUGCAGACGAAUACGACUCCACUGAUAUCGAAGACUCGGGAUCGGUCUCUUCCUGAUCCUCCCGGUUCGUUCGGCUUUAACUGGUAUCGGUGCUAACAGCAAGAGAACCAACACUCUGCUCCGACAUAUGAAGCAUGUGUGAGUGUGUGUAUGUGAGGUAUGUGUGUGUGGGAGUGGUGACUGUAAACUGACUGGAACUGACAGAACACA